CGAUCGAAUCGAUGAGAAAAUCAUUCGAAUUGUCAGCUUCAUCUAAGAGAGGUCAAUUGAAAGCUAAAUCAAAAUGAAAUUCAUCAUUAUUGCUGUUUUAUUCGCUGGAGCCUGUGUUGCUCUUCCACAACUCGAAAGUGUUUCGAAUGCAGCAAGUGGUUUAUUAGGUACUGCUUCCGGAGCUGCCGAUACUGCAUCAGGUGUUGCUACAGGAGCUUGCAAUCAAGUCAAACAGCUUCUCCCACAACUUAACGUCAUUUCAAAUUUAAUCACACAAGUUACCUCCGCUGUCAAUGGUGGUACCGGAAACGUUUGUGCCUUAUUUUCAAAACUUCUUCAAAGCUUAUUGCGUCUUGUCACAUCAAUUCCAGGUAGACUUCUUGGCAGCUUAGGUGGUCUCGGCAAUCUCAGUAGUCUUACUAACGUUGGUGGGGGUGUUGUCCAAGGUGGUACAGGCGCCGCUGGUCAAGUCGCAGGUCUUUUCGGUAAUCUUUUAAAGGCUGGUACAAGUGCUUUAGGUGGUGCUCCUAACAGUGCUACAAGUCUCUCUGGUCCAGCCGCCAAUGUUGGUUCCGGAUCUGAAGGAAGUCUCCUCGGUAAUUCCGGUGGUCUCCGUGGUCUUAAUCUACCUGGCGUCAGUUUAUCAUCCUCUGCUGGUGCUUCGGCCAACGCCAACGCUUAAAUGGAAACAAAUCAACACUAUUUUUGAAUAUCUUG